AUGUAUAUAUAUACACGCUGUUGGGCCUGCGACGGACAGACUAGUUAUCCGCCCGCGUCAGUCUUUAAAUACGUUCACACACAAUUUCAUCUCCGGAGCCACCUUGCCAGCUCUGACUUCGUCUACAUCGUGAAGAAGUUGCAUCCGCACAUCAGACAAGGCGCGAUGUGUCAAACCUAUGUGCACCGGUACGCAUGCGCGCAUGUGACCGAAAGCACGAAAAUGUGCAGUCAGGCUGUCCGAGAUACGAACCCGGAACGCAACCCAAUAUCACCUGCCAAUUGCCCAAACAGGAAAGGAAAAAAAGUCACUGAGCACAGCAGUCCCUGCGGUGGUUCAGACUGUAUUUUGUCAAGAAAGGGCGGAGUAUGGACAUGCUGCUCCUGCAACAAAACACCGAACCGCCGCAAUCGAUGCCAAGGUUGCAACAAAACUAUUUGCCGGUCUUGCACUGCCGUCAAAGAAUGAUAUGUGUGUCUGGGGGUGGCUGCGAUAUUUGAGCUGCAUUCGAUCAGUGACUCGAGUCGGGGCGCUCUGGAGUCCUUUUUCAUUUCGAAAAUCAGGAAUAGCUUGUACAAAUUCAGACGAACUGUCAAGAUGCUGCCCGCAAGCUUCCUCGCGUUACGAGUUGGCAAGAGGUACCGCAUUGGCGAAGACACAGGACUUUGAUAAGAGAAAUGGGAAAAAAAGACUUAACUGUUAACUAGUAGCAGUAAAAUCAGUGUUCAGAGA